AUGAAAAAAUUAAUACUUGUAUUAGGUGGUUCUACUUUUAUUGGUAAAGAAUUACUGCAGGAUCUUUCUUAAAAUGAGUCUUAUGAAGUUCAUUAUAUAAAUAGAGGGAAGAAUUAUUGGAAUAACUCAGUUAAUCAAAUUACAAAUGUUUAUUAUACAUAUGGUAAUCGUGAUGAUACAAAUGAUUUUACCACAUUGAUUAGGUAUCUGUCUAAGAAAUUGAAUGUGGGAGUCAAUGGGAGAUGUUGGGAAGCUGUUAUCGAUUUCUCUGCUUUUUAUAGUAAAUAGGUGAAAUCUGUAUAUGCUGCUUUAAGAGGAGUGUGCAAUUUAUAUAUAUUUAUAUCGACAGACUCAAUUUAUGAUGUUUGCAAGAUCAAAUAGAUUCCAAUAACAGAGGAUUAGGAUUCAAGAAAAGAAUUAUAGGAAUCAUAAAAGAAAAGGGAAAGUUAUGGCCAUAAUAAAUUGAAAUGCGAGGAGUUUCUUUAGAAUUAUGUAGUCGAAGGUUCUUUUAGAUAUGUUAUUUUGAGACUGCCAGAUGUUAUUGGGCCUUUUGAUGACUCUGGAAGAUUUUUUGCUUUGGUGAAAUGGCUUAAAUAGAAUGAUAAACAUCCAAUUUAAGUGGAUUAAGCUGUGCAAUCAGAAUAAAUUAGUUUUGUAUUUAGCACAGAUGUUGUGAAUUGCAUUAAAUAUUUCAUUAAAUAUAUUCCAUAAUAAAAUUAAAUUUAUAAUGUUUGUUUUGAUGAGACAAUUUCAUAUAUUGAAUUAGCAUAGGUGAUUCUCAAUAAGAUAUCAGAUAAAUAACUGAAUAUUAAACAUGUAGUAGAGGCUAGCAAGUUCUAUCCUUCAGUUGAUUGUGGAAUCAUCAGCAAUAAGAAAAUCAAAGAAUUGGGUAUUCAAUUCACUCCUUUGAUGGUGGCUUUGGAAAAAACCAUCGACUUUUUUGUGAAGGAAGCUCACAAUUACGAAGCUGAAAACAAGGCUGCUUUGGAAAAGCUCAAUAGGAAAUUAAAUGCUUGA